ACGGGGCCGGGGCGGAGAGCAGCGGAGCGGGCAGGGCGGAGCGGGGCGGAGCGGAGCCGCUGCAGGCCCGGCCCUGCCCGCGUGUGGGCGGUGGCGGCGGCCAUUGGCCAGGAGCGGUUCCGACAUGGCUGCCAGCGCGGUGUCCAACCCGUCCCAGCUGCUGCCGCUCGAACUUGUGGACAAGUGCAUCGGUUCACGCAUUCACAUCGUGAUGAAGAGCGACAAAGAAAUUGUUGGGACACUUCUAGGAUUUGAUGACUUUGUCAAUAUGGUACUGGAAGAUGUUACAGAAUUUGAGAUCACACCUGAGGGCAGAAGAAUCACAAAGCUGGACCAGAUUCUGCUCAAUGGAAAUAACAUAACUAUGCUGGUUCCUGGAGGAGAAGGACCUGAAGUAUGAAGACAUGAUAGUCACGUGUACUUUAUAUAUGUAUGCAAAAUCUAAAUAGGGGUAGAUUUUGGGGUAGAAGUGUGUUUGGAUGUGGAUCAUUUGUUUGCUUUGCUUACACACUUGAUGUUUUACAAAAGACAGCCCUUUAGGAAAGGUGCUGAUGGUAAUGUUGACUUUGUAAGUUGAAAUCAUUACUUUCUUGUAAAGACACAUGAACCUCUUCUGAAUAAAAGGCUUUUUAUUUGUUGGUUA